AUUGUGCUACAUAUUUUAACAUCCCUAUUGGGUAUUGGGGAAAAGUGAACAGUGAAUCAUCUACUGGUUCUGUUAUAUUUGACAUGUCUAUGUUAUUAAUUUGAUUUCCAUAUACAGGUUUUUUCUAUAAUGGAAGACGAGGAAUAUAAAAAACUCCCUAUAGAGGAGAAAUGUGUGCAUAAAUUAUGGAAGGCAAGAGUUAAUGGAUAUGAAGAAGUCACAAAGCUUUUUAGACAAAUCGAUGAUGAAAAAUCUCCAGAAUUUAGUAAAUAUCUUGGAUUGGUAAAAAAAUUUGUAACAGACAGCAAUGCAAUGGGCCAAGAAAAAGGUUUGGAAGCUACAUUGGCAUAUGUCGAGAACUAUGCUUUAGCUGGUAAAACUGUAUCAGAGGUUAUGUCGGGAGUUGUAGCAAAAUGCAUCGCGGCUCCAAAAGCUAGGACGAGAGAACUGGCAUUACAAGUUACACUGAUGUAUAUUGAAAUAGAGAAAUAUGAAGCUGUGCAAGAAGAAUUGAUCAGAGGAAUGGAACAGAAGAAUCCAAAAAUUGUCACAGCUUGUAUCAAUGCAUGUACAGUUGCCCUGAGAGAAUUUGGUUCUAAAGUAAUCAGUGUAAAACCAUUAUUGAAAAAAAUUAGUACCCUAUUUGCAGACAGAGAUAAAGGAGUUAGAGAUGAAGCCAGGCAUAUGGUUGUAGAAAUGUAUAGAUGGAUUGGUGCCGCUUUAAGACCACAAUUACAAGCAGCCAAUCUCCAGCCAGUGCAAAUUACAGAACUUGAAACAGAAUUCUCAAAAAUAGAGGGACAAAAAGCAUCACCUACAAGAUACAUUAGAUCUCAGCAAGAAAAGCAGGCCAAAAUUGCUGCGGAAACUGUUCAGGACAAUGGAGAGGAAGAUGUGGAAGAGGAUGAGGUGCCUCAAGAAAUCGACCCUUAUGAACUUGCCGCACCUGUUGAUAUUUUAUCAAAAUUACCAAAAGAUUUUUGUGAAAAGCUUGAAGCUAAAAAGUGGCAGGAACGAAAGGAGGUUCUAGAAAUAUUAGAAAAUUUGUUGAAAACACCAAAACUCGAAAACGGUGAUUACGGAGACGUAGUCAGAGCUUUGAAAAAGAUCGUUCAAAAAGACUCCAAUGUUGUAUGUGUAGCUCUAGCCGGGCGGUGUAUAGCCAGCCUUGCCACCGGUUUAAAGAAGAGGUUCCAAACUUAUGCAGGUUUUUGCGUACCAGCUUUAUUAGAAAAGUUUAAAGAGAAAAAGCAGAAUGUUGUUACUGCCCUAAGAGAUGCCAUCGAUGCAGUUUAUCUCACAACCACUUUUGAAACUAUCCUGGAAGACGUACUGGAAGCCCUGAAUAACAAAAACCCUUCCGUCAAAAUCGAAACGUCCCUCUUUUUGGCACGAGCUUUUACUAAAACAUCACCGGCUACAAUGAACAAAAAAUUAUUGAAAGCUAUAACUGCAGUGCUUACAAAGACAAUCAAUGAGUCAGACCCUGCUGUAAGAGAGUCUUCAGCCGAAGCCAUAGGAACAUUGAUGAAAUUAGUUGGAGAGAAGGCUAUUGGACCGUUUUUGGUAGAGUUAGAAAAAGAUAACUUAAAAAUGUCGAAGAUUAAAGAGAAUUGCGAAAAAGCCGUAAUCACUGUAAAAAUACCCGGAGCAAAGAAGGAGAGACCUACAACUGCCCCUGCUAAAGUCGCACAGGUCAAGACUGUCAACACAAGGGCAGGUGCGAAAAAAGCGGCAGAAAAUGCGAAUGCGGCAAUUAAAAGGAAACCUGAAAUUUCCUCAGGAUCUGCGACAGUGGUAAGAUCCAAGGGGGGGAAAGGUGGUGCAAAGGCCGCUAUACAAAAUAUAGAAAGGGAACUUUCCGAGGAGGACGUUGAUGAGAUUAUUUCCGGAAUGCUGAACGCAAGUAUCGUGGGAGAGAUAGCAAGUGCGAACUGGAAAAGCAGACUGGCGGCAACCGAGCAGAUCAUAACAGAAAUUCAAACGUUAGACUCAAAAUCUGUGCCGACACAAGCUCUAGUAAAGUUCAUUGGGAAGAAACCGGGAUUGAAAGAUACAAAUUUUCAAGUGCUCAAGGCCAAGUUAGACAUAGUCAAAUACCUAGCGGAAAACUGUACGUUUUCUAUUACAACGGCGAACUGUUGUGUUACUGAGAUAUCGGAAAAGUUUUCCGAUUCGAAAAAUGGCGGCACUGUGGCAGAAACGUUAACGGCGAUAGCCGAGGCUACAACUUUUGGUCAGAUAUCUGGGAUGGUUUUAGAUUUUGCUUUCACCCAAAAGAGCCCUAAGGUGCAACAAGAAGCCUUGCUUUGGCUGUCCGGAGCCAUGAAAGAAUUUGGUUUUUCUAAUUUAAAUGUUAAAUCAUUAAUUGAUAAUUCAAAAAAGGCAUUAGCAUCUACCAAUCCAGGUGUACGACAGGCAGCUAUCACAUUAUUGGGAACGAUGUACCUUUACAUGGGUGCCACAUUAAACGUAUUUUUCGAAAAUGAGAAACCCGCUUUACGCGAUCAAAUUAACGCUGAAUGCGACAAAUAUGAAGGCGAAAAACCUCCACCUCCAACAAGGGGCGUUAUAAAAUCGGCGAGUUCAAACAGCCUCGAUGCUGUAGAGGAUGACGAUGCACAGGAACAAGAAACUGUAAAUGUGCAAGAUCUAGUCCCAAGGGUUGAUAUAAGCAAUCAAAUAACCGAAGCCAUUUUGAAUGAUCUCGCUGAUAAGAACUGGAAAGUGCGGAAUGAGGUUCUGACGAAAAUCAGCACGAUAGUGCAAGAUGCUAAAUUUAUAAAGCCCAACUUGGGUGACUUACCGCAGGCCUUAGCCGUACGACUGACGGAUAGUAACGUUAAAAUAGCUCAAUCUGCACUCAACCUCUGUGAAUUGAUCACUAAGGCGAUGGGGCCACCGUGUAAACAGUACAUAAAAGUAUUUUUCCCGGGAAUGUUGCAAGGUCUCGGAGAUAGUAAAAGCAGUACGCGUGCUUGUGCAUUAAAUACCAUUAAUUCAUUUGCUGAACAGUGCGGUUACAAAGAAUUCUUUGAAAAUGAGAUGAUAGGCGACGCACUGAAAUCGGGAUCGCCAACUCUUAGAAUCGAGCUUUGGAAUUGGUUGGCUGAAAACGUACCAAAAAUACCUCCAAAAAGUAUUCCCAAAGACGAGCUCGUCGUCUGUAUGCCUCACUUGUAUAGCAACUUAGAAGACAGGAACGCAGAUGUGCGAAAAAAUGCUCAGGAAGCGAUCUUAGGUAUUAUGAUCCACUUGGGGUACGACAGUAUGGUUAAGCAGACUGAAAAACUCAAGCCCGGUUCCAAAACUGUCAUAAUGGCUGCUCUAGAGAAAGUUCGUCCUAAUCUACCAGCGAAACCGUUGCCUAAGAACAAAUCACCACCGGAAAAAGAGGAUAAAGGCGUACGGGGUACUAAACCCGCUGCAAACUCGAAAAAUGCCGUUAAACCAAAGGGAAAUCUUGCUUCUAAAUCAGCUCCACCUGCCAGCAGAAAGAAGGAAGAAGAUAUAGACACAUCUCCGUUACUAGUUGUAAAUAACUUGAAACACCAAAGAACUAUCGACGAAUCGAAAUUGAAAGUGCUCAAGUGGAACUUUACUCAGCCAAGAGAAGAAUUUGUGGAUCUCUUAAAGGAUCAAAUGUCUUCCGCAAAUGUAAAUAAAACUUUAAUGGGCAACAUGUUCCACAUAGACUUUAGAUAUCACAUAAAAGCAAUAGAAUCUCUAAACGACGACUUAUCAGAAAACGGACACGCUUUGAUGUCGAAUUUAGAUCUCAUAUUGAAGUGGUUGACUUUGCGUUUCUUUGAUACCAAUCCUUCAGUGCUGUUGAAGGGACUUGAGUAUCUGCAUUCUGUGUUUAAUAUGCUCAUAGAAACUGAAUAUCACAUGCUGGAAAAUGAGGCGUCUUCAUUUAUACCGUACUUAGUAUUGAAGAUUGGAGACCCCAAGGAUUCAGUUCGAAAUGGAGUUAAAGCCCUAUUAAACCAAAUAAGCAGAGUCUAUCCGGUCAGCAAAUUAUUCACUUACGUUAUGGAAGGCGUAAAAUCAAAAAAUGCCAGGCAAAGAGCAGAGUGCCUCGAAGUUAUGGGUUCCAUUAUUGAAGAUUAUGGUAUAUCUGUAUGCAUGCCUUCUCCCGGAGCUUGCUUAAAAGAAGUGGCGAAGCAAAUAUCAGAUCGUGACAAUUCCGUUAGAAGCGCAGCCUUGAACUGUGUGGUUCAGGCUUACAACAUUGUAGGGGAGAAAGUGUACAAGAUGGUCGGGAAUAUAUCCGAUAAAGAUAUGUCUCUGUUGGAGGAGAGAAUCAAGAGAUCAAGCCGAAAAACUGUCUCGAAGCCUAAGCCUGAAUUUAAUUCCACAAUAACCAUGACGGCACCUAUUUCACCGCAGAAGGAAAAUUCGUCUCCUAACAGGAGCAGUUACAGUAAUCACAGCAACAGCGAUCAACAGGAGCAGCCUCAAGAAGAUGACUUGGAGGAAGAGGAGAGUCUGCCUCCAGUAACGUUACCUCCUCAGAUAAUACAGGAGCCUCCGAAGGAAGUGGAAGGACCUUUCAAAUUGGAUCCAGUGUUUAUGCAGGAGUUGGACAAUAUUAAAUCGCAAUACAAUAAACCGAAAUUGCUGGAAUUCGAUUUAGAUUUCUUGAAGGACGAUGUCAAAAUUCCAUCGAUAUCCGAUGCAAAAGCGAAGACUACCGCAGUUACUGCCCCCAAACCGAUAGUGUUUAGUGAGGCUAUGUCUAGAUUAAGCAUGAACGUACACAAAAUGCCCGUUCCAAGAGCCCUGGAUCCCACUCUUGAAAGGCUCAUCAAACAGAUGGCCUCCCAACAUGUUACUACGGCUCUGGUGGCUAUGGCUCAGCUACAAGAAAUUAUUCCACAGCCUAGAGGAAAUUCUCUUGCCGAAUACGAGGAUGACUUUAUGAAUUCUCUUAUUACUCAACUCAAAUACUUACAAACCCAAGAUCCAACCCUGGAUGGUACCGUAUCUAAGGUCUAUAGGAAUCUACUAACCCUAAUGGAUACUUUUUACCACAACAAAACGCUUGGCAACCACGUUUCGGUGGCCGUUAUUAAAAAUUUGAUGAAUGAAAUGAUUUCUUUGCUGGUCGAGGAAAAACUCGUUGGUGUUCCUAAUGGGGAUGCUUAUGUGAGAGUGAUCAAUUUACUUUGCGUGAAGAUUAUUGAGAAAUCUGAUCAUACCAACACAAUUUGUGCUUUGGUUAAACUCAUAAACGAAUGCAUAACUAACGACAGUUCUCCACGACACGUCGAUUUGGUCAUGAAAUGCCUAUGGAGGGUUAUUAAGUUGAUGCCAAAUUGGGGCGACGAUAUUGAUUACGAUUCGGUCUUGUUGGAAGUUCAUUACUUCCUUAAGAAGUUUCCCUCGUCGUGGUGGAAAUCUAAGGAGGUUGAUACUCCAUUGAGGACUGUAAAGACUAUUCUACAUUCGAGCGUUAAGAUAAAAGCAGGAACAAUAAUGUUACAUUUGGGAAAGAUUCCUAACACCAGCGAGUCAGAGGUUGAGUCAUACAUUCUAAGAAUUCUCAAGAGUUUAAAAAUAGCAGAAGUCCACCAAUUACCCCACCCUAAACCCGAGCUACAACGAAGAUCGCUCUCUAGAGCAAAUCACAACAUGUUGACUGACAUUUUCCAAAAAAUUGGUAGCAAGGAUGAAACUAAGGAAGGACUGAAUUUAUUGUACGAAUUUAUGCAGCAGCAUCCGGAGGCAGACAUAGAGCCCUUCUUGAAGAAGUCCAGCAAAUUCUUUCAAGAUUAUAUCAGGAAUGGACUGAAAGAAAUCGAAGAUUCUAGAAAAACUGCAAAAUCAACCAUCGUUGAGAAAGUGGGCGAUCGAGCUCAAGAAAAUGAAUAUGCUUCACUGGCCACUGAUCGAGAAUCCGGUAAAGGUCCGGAAUACUGGAAGCAGAAACUGUACAUGUGGAAUGAUAUGUUUGAAAACGUUAAAACGGGAAAGACAACUACAUCUACCGAAUAAAUUUCAAAUACGAAUAUAACCAUUUAUAUAAAACGGUGCAUAUGUGCAAAUUCCCUUUGUUACUGUUCCUUGAACUUUGCACAAAUUGAACCGUUUCCGCAGAAAAUAUACACUUAACGGACUAAUUAAUUAGCUUAUUAACGUUGUAACUUCCCCGACCACUUUGUGAUAGUUCAAAUAUGUAGCAUUUUAAAAUUACAAUGACUUAAUUUAUAGUAAUUGUACACUUUUCAUUUUAUUUAUUGUCAUAUUUUUAUGUGUAAUCAUAUUUAUUGAAUGUGCCUGUUUUACUUUACUUUUUUUUAGACUGUAAGAAAAUGAGGUAUAUUUUUUACUGUUAUUUGUAGUAGUUCACUAGUAUCUAAUAAUAAACUA